AUGUUCAGGUCAUUCAAAAAGUUGUUGAAUCGUAAAACGUUGUAUGAUAUUCAGACUCGAAGUCAGACGAAUGAAGUAAAUAUUUUUAUAGAUGGUAAAGCUGUUUCAGUUCCGAAUUACUUCACAGUAUUACAAGCGUUGCGUCGAGAACGUAUAACUGUACCUACAUUCUGUUAUCACGAUCGAUUGUCAAUAGCUGGCAACUGUAGGAUGUGUCUUGUACAAAUUGAAGGUAUGUGGAAACCACAAAUUGCUUGUGCCAUGCCAGUGUCCAAGAAUAUGAAAAUACAAACAAAUUCCGAAGUUACAUUGAAAGCACAGGAAGCAGUUUUGGAAUUUCUUUUAGCUGAACAUCCACUUGAUUGUCCGAUUUGUGAUCAGGGCGGUGAAUGUGACUUACAAGACCUUUCAAUGAAGUUCGGUAAUGAUCGAACAAGAUUUACAGACAUACACUUUCAAGGUAAGAGGGCUACGGAAAAUAAAUACCUCGGCCCUUUGAUUCGAACUGAGAUGACAAGAUGUAUUCACUGUACACGUUGUAUAAGAUUUGCGUCUCAAGUAUGCGGUUUAGAUGUUCUUGGAACGACAGGUCGUGGUGCUGACAUGUUGGUAGGGACAUAUGUCGACAAAAUAUUUUUAUCCGAAUUGUCUGGAAACAUAAUUGACUUAUGCCCGGUUGGAGCGUUAACGUCCAAGCCGUAUAUGUUUAAAGCAAGGCCAUGGGAACUCAUAAAAACCGAUUCCAUUGAUGUAACUGAUGCCACUGGAACAAAUAUACUCAUUAAUCAUAGAUUUGAUAGAGUAUUAAGAGUCUUGCCUCGUGAAAAUGAUGACAUCAAUCAGGAAUGGCUAUCUGACAAAGGCCGUUGGGCGAUAGAUUCUCUUGAGUUUCAAAGACUUAUAACUCCAAUGCAUAGGAAUGAAAGUGGGUUGUGUCCAAUAGAAUGGGAUUGCGCUUUGAAAAUGGCUGGAAAAUUAAUAAAAUCUGCAUGUCCCGCUAAGAUACUGGCUAUUGCAGGUCCGCAUUGUUCAGUAGAAACCUUAGUAGCUGCGAAGGACUUACUUAAUAUGCUUGGUUCUGAUAACACAUUUAUUGAACGUGGUUUGUCUUAUUCUGGGUCAAAUAUCGAUAUAAGAGCCGGUUAUUCUCUAAAUGUCAGAAUGAAAGAUGUAGCAACAGCCGAUAAAAUAUUACUUAUAGGAACUAAUCCUCGCUUUGAAGCUCCAAUUUUAAAUUCUCGUAUUAGAGAAGCUUAUGUGUACAAUGAAUGUGACAUUUAUGUGAUUGGCCCACAGUGCCAGUAUAACUAUCAGGUUCAAUAUAUUGGUAAAUCUAUCAAUGAUAUAUCUAAAGCUAAAAACUACAUACAGAGUGCAAUGCGGCCUUUAAUAUUCGUUGGCAUUGAUCAGUUACAAACUUCAAAUACUGUGGCUGUUAUGAAAGAGUUAAAUGAAUUAGUGAAUACCUUAACGGUGGAUGAAAAUUGGGAAGUGAUAAAUGUUAUAACAAAAGAAGCUAGUUUCGCCGGCGCUUUAGAGGUUGGGUGGAAGCCAGGUGGAUUAGCUGCAUUAAAAUCAUUGUCCCCAAAAGUAGUGAUAUCUUUAGGUGCAGACCACGUGUUCUGUAGGUGGGAUGCCCCGACCGAUUGUUCUAUUAUUUACGUAGGUUUUCAAGGAGAUCGGGGAGCGGAGUGUGCGUCAAUUGUUUUACCUGGAAGCGCUUACACAGAAGCGGGUGGCAUCUUCAUGAAUAUGGAAUGUAGAUCUCAGUUUGCCUUCCCUGCUGUAACUCCACCUGGUAAUUCACGUUAUGACUGGAAAAUAAUACGAGCACUGGCAGAGUAUUGUCAAAUAUGUUUAUUUUACAGUGAUAGAGAAUCGCUCUGUAUCAGAUUAGCCCAGGUAAGCCCAAGCUUAUUACAUUUUGGGACGUACCAAAAUAAGUUAUUCGCUGAUUUAAUUCCUCAACUUCUGAAUAAAGAUACUAGAAAAGAGACUGGUGUUGAGAGUAGUUCUUUGCAUGUAGAGAUGAAAACUUUAAAAGACUAUUAUUGUUCGGAUAUUUUUACUUAUAACUCACCAACUAUGGUCAAAGCCACAAAGGCUGCUACCGAAAUAGAAAAAUCUGAUUACGCUUCUGUUUAG